AACCUCAAAUUCUUAUAUAAAAACCACCCUUUCUAAAUUUAAAAUUCAAGAAGAAAAUUCAAAAAUGACUAUUCCAUAUGAUCUUAUAAGUCUUGAUAUUUUAGAAGUUGAUUCUCAAGAUGUUUUA